AUGUGGUUUCCCCUUAGCAGCAACUCUCUUUUCCCUCCUCCUUCCAAGGACUGGCUCCAGAAUGCUCUCUCAGACCCUGAAGGGCUAGGCUGGGGGGGUGAGGUACAACCUAAAGAGAAGGUGCUGAUGGCUUUUCCAGUAGAGGAGGAAGAGGAGGAAGAAGAGAGUGCUCUGCUCUCUCUUCUAGACAGAGGAAAACUGGAGGAGACGUUGGGGGCUGACUUAGAGGAAGGUGUUUCCAUCCAUUGGCCUCAAGGAGAUGGGUGGGAGCUGGAGGACAUCAGGACCAAGCUACAGAGAAUGGAAGAAGCCCAUGAGAAACAGGAGCUCAAGGGCAUGGAAGGGGCAGAACAGCAGCAGCCAAAGGAGAGGGAGCUGACCGCGCAAGCAUCCAGCCCUCUGCUAUCGCCAGCCCUGAGAGACAAGGAGGCUGCUCAUCUGCUGAGCACAGAACAUGGUAUACCCUUCCCAGGGACACCCAUUGAGAAGUUGGAGGCUGAUCACAGAUCUGUCUACGUAGGUAAUGUGGAUUACAGCGGCACGGCCGAGGAGCUAGAAUCCCACUUCAACUGCUGUGGUGAAAUCAACAGGGUCACCAUCCUCUGUGACAAGUACUCCGGACAUCCCAAGGGCUAUGCCUACAUUGAAUUUGCCUAUAAGGAUUCAGUGAAGACCGCCAUGGAUCUGGAUGAAACUACCUUUAGAGGUCGGAUAAUCAAGGUUCUGCCCAAAAGGACCAACCUUCCGGGGAUCAGCACCACAGAUCGAGGGGGCCUAAGAUCUCGACUUCCUGGCAGAGGAGGCACUCCUCACCGGUAUAGCCUUUAUAUUGGGGACCGACCAAGGCCCCUAAGGUGGAGAGGUCACAGGGGGCAUGGCAGAUUCUCCCAAUGGUUUGAACCAUAUUAGAAGUUUGGAUUGGAGAU